AGCAAGCGUCAUAGUAGCAUACUUCAAUAAAGCGUCAACGACUCCUCCAUUUUCCCACUAAAACUGACAACAGAGGAUAGAAUUCCAACUGCAGGUUUGGAAUUAACAUAAUCACGAAAAUGCCCACAAUAAAGUUACAGAGCUCGGAUGGGGAAAUCUUUGAGGUAGACGUGGAAAUCGCGAAACAGUCUGUUACCAUUAAAACCAUGUUAGAAGAUUUGGGGAUGGACGACGAAGGAGACGACGACCCAGUGCCGCUUCCUAACGUCAACGCAGCCAUUCUUAAGAAGGUGAUCCAGUGGUGCACCCACCACAAGGACGACCCGCCUCCCCCCGAGGACGACGAGAACAAGGAGAAGAGGACUGACGACAUCCCCGUGUGGGACCAGGAGUUCCUCAAAGUGGACCAAGGGACCCUGUUCGAACUCAUCCUUGCUGCCAACUACUUGGACAUCAAGGGUCUGCUGGACGUGACGUGCAAGACGGUGGCCAACAUGAUCAAAGGCAAAACCCCUGAGGAGAUCCGGAAGACUUUCAACAUCAAGAACGACUUCACGGAGGAGGAGGAGGCCCAGGUCCGCAAAGAGAACCAGUGGUGCGAAGAGAAGUAGUGCAUCCCGCCAACAACAACAACAACAACAACACACACACACACACACUGAAUUGAAAUGUGUCCGCUUUAUUGCUUGCACUGGUUUUGUUCAUACUUUAAUAUUGACUUUAUAGCUUACUUCCAAAUAAUAGAGUACAGUGCACCUCCCCUCGCCUUCUCCAGUCUGUGUAUAAAACUAGCAUGAGAUUUUUAACGCACGUGUCAUUAUUUAAAUAAACAAGACCCUGUCCCUUUCUUUCCCUUGUAGUCAUCGAAAGAGAGAUUUUGAUGACUUUUCCCCCCUUGUGUUGGGAUGACUUUUUUUCCUUGUUUUUUUUUUUUUUUUUUUUU